AAUUCUUCAAAACUAACAGAGACUUCAGAAAAUGUCGGCUCCACGGGAGCUCCAUACAUGGAGCUGCUUGCCACUGUGGGAGGAAGGAGGAGGAAACGAACGCGUGAGGACUGGACCCGCGGCUGGACGCUCCGCGACUGCUCCGCUUUGUUUGGGAAGGCCACAAAGGCUUCCCCGCACACAUCGUCAAAUGGACAGGAACAGGUGCAGCCAGCAGUCGAAGAUGGAGUUUCCUAGAGCGAGAUUCAGAAAUGAAAAUACAGAUGACAGACAAAGGGUCAUAAGACAACAAAGAGACAAAGAGGAGCAGCACAAAAGUGUGACCAUAGCAGCCACCUGUUCGUACCGAAGGGACAGACACUAUGUGGUGAGAAAGCCACUGUUCCCUGCAGAACAGCACAUGUCUACCCUGAAGAUGGCUCAUUCACCUAAGGUCACAGAAAAGGAAAACCAUGGUGGCAGAUCCAACGAUUUUGACACCAGCGAAGCAUUGGCUCCAGACAAAUGCAACCUUUCCUUCUGUGACAUUUCAGCUUCCCCAAAGAUUAAAUACCCCAGUUUAUGCCUUCGUGCCACAGGCCUCCAGGCACAAUCAUGCUGGGAAAAAUCCAACUCAAGAUCUCCUUUCCAUGACAGGAAAUCUGCUCAGUCUGGCCUUCCAAGUUCCUUUUUGCAGGUUCAAAAAGUGCAUCUUCCUCUGAGGCCCCCUCUGACCUCACCAGUACUGUCUCCUACCUGCAAUCCUUGUUUGGGGAACUCAAAGACAGAUCAGACCAAGGUUAGGCACUGUGGGAUUGAACUGAGUGACUGGGAAGAAACCAAGAUGUCUCCAAGGUCUCCUGGAACAGGAGAAGAUAGUUUAGCUUCUCCCCAUCAGGCAAACUACUGGGCCUGUGCCAUUCCUAAAGCUAUGCCGCCAAUUCUGAACAGAAACUCUGCAGAUUGGAAUCCAGAAAUGGAUUAUCAGGCACUGCUGAAUUAUACCUACCCUCUGAAACCAGGACACAUGGACAGUGAUUGGGACAGCAGCAAACAGAAUCAAGAUUUUCUUCCUAAAACAUUCCCCAGUUUACAGGACUCUGGAAUUGAAUUGGACCAACUUGGUAGCUCCACAAGUUUGUCAGCUCAAGACCUUUCUGGAAGUGAUGUGGGGCAAAGGUCACCUGACCCUCAGCUUUUCCCCAGAUUCUCAGAUGGUUCGGCCUCCAGUUUCAUGCCCUCUCCUGCUGGUUCAGCGAAUGCAUUCCUGGGGGCUGUGGACUGCUGCACAGACACAGGGGAAGAAAAUCAUCACAGAAAUGAUGCAAACCACCAUAGGCUCAACAUCAACUCUGCUAGUCCAGGAGCUUUUACGAGGAAAGUUGAUGAUGAAUUUUGGCUUCUUCCAGAGCAACUGGAAGUGUCUGGUCAUCUGUGCAGACAGGUGAGGGAUCUGACAGCGGAGCUGAGCCGACCUGCCAGCUGUGAGUCCAUUGAACCAACCUUGGUAUCCUCCACUUUCCUCCACAAACAGGAGGACCAAAACUAUGAUGAGGAUUCUAAGAUAACAAAACUGAUUGAGAAUGCGCAAGACUUGAGUGAUCUAAUCAAAAGUAGAGAACAGAAGAUAACUUUUCAGACAGCAGGUGAUCACAGGGAGGAGAACAGCUCAAGAAACCGUUUUGACAGGAAAGGUGAUCCUGCUGGAGAGAGACUGAAGGAGUCCAGACUCGGGGAGGUUGAGAACUUGGUGGUGCAGCUGCGUAGCACCGACCUGUCUGACUGUCAGAGGAACAGCCAAGUGGAUCAAGAAGAUCAUCACACUCUGAUGAAACACAUCCAGGUUUUCUGUUCACACCUGGAGCUACUCAUCCAGCAGCUUUAUGCAGUUUCUCAGAGGGUGGAGCAGUUUUCUGCUCCUACUGUGGACUUGAACAGCAUCAGGUCCUCUUUGGCUGAGUACCAGAGCUUCCAAAAAGAGUUGAGCAACCAUCAGCACCUAACUUCAUCUGUUCUCCAUUCUGGACAGCAGUUCCUCAACUGCAUCAAUGCAACCUCUCCAUUUCUAAGAGAUACCCUUCUUCUUAUUGAGAAGCAGUCUGGACUCCUGCAGACCCAAUCCGACCACUUCUUCUUUUCCAUCAUGUCAGCUGUGGAUGGCCUGACACAGCCCACUCCCGUGAAAGAGAAACGAGAAUGACCCUUCAAUCUCCCACAAGCCCAGUUCAUGAACCUUUGGAUUAAAAAGUAGUUAUUUUAAACAUUACAAGAACAUAAAAGCCACCUCAGUUUACUUCCAAAAUAAUAUCUCUAGUAGCUUACAAUAUUUAACAUUUGUAGUUCACGGUAAUGGAUUCUGAAUAAAUAAUAAAUGGUGUGUAUUUAUACAGCACUUUCAACCUUGAUUAAGGCCUGAGGUGCUUUACAGUCAUAGUCCCAUUCACCCAUCCAAAUGCACAUUCUCACACUGGUGGCAGCUCAGCUGCUAUACAUGGCACCAGCCUGUAACCACCUUCUACACCUACCAGUUUACGAUCUGCUCACCUGCUCACACUAGGCCCUGCAUCAGCCUGCAGCCUUUAUCUGGACUACCACACCCUUCAGCCGGCGUCAGUUCGUCUGCUUCCUGCGGGAAUCCUACCAACCUCGUCAGCACCACCUUCGACCACCCGCUAUUCCCCAGGAAACCAACCCAGGUUCCAAAUCAUCUCUGUCAUUACAGCUUCCACCAGACCAGAAGGUCACCUGCUUCAUCACUACCAAAGCCACGCGAAUUGCAGUCCAGAACCCUCCACCACUAUUGCGCUGCUCAAUAAACCGUUAUCAACUCACUACAGUAUCUGUCCUGCUUCUGGUUCCAGAUGAGGAUAAGCUGGCAGUCAGAGAUUUGUGUAAAGAAAAAAAACAACCCCCCAGAGGACCUGGAGAAAGCGGCCGAAUAGAGGGAAGUUGGGCAUCUUUGCUUAGACUGCUGCCCCCACGUCCCGGUCCCGGAUGAGCGGAAGAAGAUGGAUGAAUGGAUGGAUGAAACCCACAAAUACCUGUUUGAUUUGAAUCCAUGGCUGUGCAUGAAAAAUGUACCUUUGUGUUCAGUUAUUAACCAACAAUUCCAACCCAUUUUCAGUUGGAAAUUUUAAACUGAAAGAGGGGUUUUAGAAACUGCAGUGGAAAAGUAUUCACGUUUUCCCUCUCUCCCUCAGUGUCUUGUGAAAAAAAUGUUUUGACAAGAAUGUGGAUUAAAGCAGGUUUACAAUCACCCUUUAAGAACUGGACUGAUUGACCCCUCCCAUAAACAGGUAGAACCUGAUUUUUUUUUUAAACAUUCUUGUGGUAAUCCUAUUUUGUUCAUAUUUUUUUCUGUAAUUAAAGUUAUUCAA